AUGACUAAGAAGGACAAGGGACCAAAGAUCCAAACCAUCACCACCAAGUCCGGCGAAAAAAUAAAGGCCUUUGAGGAUUUGAACCAGUUCGAGACGUUCUUGAAACAGGAGACCGAGGACGACGAGUUCGACAACUUGCAUUGCCAGAUCAAGUACUACCCCCCCUUCAUCAUGCACGACUGCCAUGAGGACCCCGAGAAGAUUCCCAACACCGCAAACUCGAACUCCAAAAAGUUUGUCAGACAUUUGCACCAGCACGUCGAGAAACAUCUCUUGAAAGACAUCCGAGAGGCUCUCGACAUCCCUGAACUGCAGUUCAAGGACCACUCCAAGGAGAAGGAGAGUGACCACAUCACUUGGCACUACCACGACGUCACGACGUACCACGACAAAAAGUUCCAGGUCAAUGUCAACGUCACUUGUAACCACGAGGACGCCCUAGUCAAUUUGGAGUACCAAACCUUGCCUAUAUAA